AUGGCAGCUAAACUGCCCUCGAGUAACUAUCUCCCGCCAAACCAAGGCGGUUCUUCGGCAUCGAACUCCUAUCUGCCACCAAAUCAAGGUGGUGCCCUCGGUCAAGGAUCCGCAGCCGGUGGCGGUUCCGGUGGCAACGGAAACAGACGCCCCCAGCAAGAGGCCGAGAAGAAUGCUCAAAUCAUACAACAGUCCCAGGAUAUUAACGAGAGCGGAUUCAGAUAUUCUUACGAAACCUCGAACGGGAUACGCGCCGAAGAGGCGGGAGAUGCUUCUCAAAGCCAGGGUGGUUUUGCAUACAAAGGCGAUGAUGGAAACGUCUACACCAUUACGUUCACCGCUGGCGAAGGUGGCUUCCAGCCCCAAGGAGCCCAUCUCCCAGUCGCACCGCCCACUCCCGAAGCUAUCCUAUUGGCUCUAGAGAAGAAUGCGAAGGACGAGGCUGCUGGAAUCUUCGAUGAUGAUCAGCGCGGACCUGGACAAGGCUCUGGAACCGCUGGAGGUUCGGGCUCCGGAAAUUUCAAUGCCAACACAGGAUACAGUUAU